AUGACAAAAAAGAAGAACCCAGACUGGUUCAGUAAGGGGAUUACUGCCACAGCUGCAUUACCAGAGAGUGGUUCAUCACUGGCCUUACGAGCCCUAGGAUGGGGCUCACUCUAUGCGUGGUGCGGAGUUGGAUUGCUCAGUUUUGCCAUUUGGAAGGCCCUGGGUGUGCACAGU